CACGUGGAAUACGGAGGAGCUUUUGUGGUUCCCGUUUGUGGCUUUGUGUGUCGACUCUGCAAGAAGUUCUUCUACGGAGAAGCUGAAGCUCGGCACUCGCACUGCAGGACGCACACACACUUCCAGAAUCUACAGCAACAUCGAGCUCAAACAGGAAACAGAGACAAGGAGGAGAAAGAGGAAACAUCUGGCUCACCUGACCAACACCAUGUCACCUGACUUUCAGACCAAAGGUUUUACCUGAGACAGUGGAGCGUGGAGCCUCUGCUGGGGGUGCUGUUGAUGAAGCAGGAUCUUCGGACUCUGCUGCAGGCGGCUGAGGCCUCCUCUGUGAGACACGUAUUGAUCAGCAGCGCUGUCUGAUUGAAUCCUCAAUCCGCCCCACGGGACAGAACGUGAAGAUCGACUGAGACGCAAAUCUUGGGGACACUAAAGGAGAGCAGCGUUUUCUGACUGAAGAAACGGUUGCUAUGACAACACGGCGUGUCACAAUCUCCAUUGUUUCUAAUGAUUACGUCUCAGGCGUUAUCAUGUUAUCAGUGUUAUCUCAACCUGACCCUGGUCCCGACCUCGCCCACCUGCACCUUCAUCGGGUGACUCACCUGAAGUCCAGCAGCAGUUAAAGGUCAGCUUCCUCCUUUCCCAUGACCUCUGACCCCCACCACCCCCCAAACUUCUACCACCACCAUGGAGAAUGAAUAAAACCACCUAAAAAUGUAUUUUAUAAAAACAAACUUUUAAAAAUGAACCAAAUAUUUAAGUCUUGCAUUUAUUGAUUUUGUUAUAAAGAAUGUGAUUGCAAUGUAACUGAAAUAUUAGCUAGACUCCAAAACAGUCUAAAGAACGUCUUAAAAGAAGCUUAAAUUAGCCAAAGUAGCUAGCAUUUAGCUGAAAAAAAUAGCUAAACUCCAGCC